CGCUGGGAGCGGCCCCGGACGGGGAUCCAGGGAUCCGCAGCUGGCCAGGAUGGGACAGUUUUGGGAAGGACCGAGCCCAGCUCUUCUCCGUCAUAACUGAGCAGCCCUUAUGACCAACAUGAGCUGGAGCUUCCUCACCCGCCUGCUAGAAGAGAUUCACAAUCACUCCACCUUCGUGGGGAAGGUCUGGCUCACCGUGCUCAUCGUCUUCCGCAUCGUGCUGACGGCGGUGGGGGGCGAGUCCAUCUACUCCGAUGAGCAGAGCAAGUUCACCUGCAACACCAAGCAGCCGGGCUGCGACAACGUCUGCUACGACGCCUUCGCGCCGCUGUCGCACGUCAGGUUCUGGGUCUUCCAGAUCAUCGUGAUCUCCACGCCCUCCGUCAUGUACCUGGGCUACGCCAUCCACAGGAUCGCCCGCUCGGCCGAGGAGGAGAAGAAGUUCAAGGGGUUCAAGAAGAAGAAGCAGUUUGCCCUCAACUGGCAGGCCGUGCGCAACAUGGAGGACGCCAUGGAGGCCGACGAGGAGGAGCCCAUGAUCUCCGACGACGCGGCCGAGCACGAGAAGGCCAAGGCCAAGCCCAAGUGCAAGGAGCAGCAGAAGCACGACGGGAGGAGGCGCAUCCAGCAGGAGGGACUGAUGAAAAUCUACGUCUUCCAGCUCCUCACUCGGGCUUCCUUCGAGGUUUGCUUUUUGAUAGGGCAGUAUUUGCUCUACGGUUUCGAGGUGGAAGCUUAUUACGUCUGCAACAGGGUCCCUUGUCCCCACACCGUGGACUGCUUUGUGUCCCGGCCCACGGAGAAAACCAUCUUCCUGCUGGUGAUGUACGUGGUGAGCUGCCUGUGCCUGCUGCUGAACAUGUGCGAGAUGUUCCACCUGGGGUUCGGGACCAUCCGCGACGCCAUCCGCAACCGGAAAAUCAACAGCUUCCGGCAGCCCCCCUACAACUACGCCUACCCCAAGAACAUCUCCUGCCCUCCCGAGUACAACCUGGUCGUCAAAUCCGAGAAGUCCACCAAGAUCCCCAACAGCCUGAUGGCCCACGAGCAGAACUUGGCCAACGUGGCUCAGGAGCAGCAGUGCACCAGCCCCGACGAGAACCUGCCAGCGGAUCUGUCCACGCUGCACAAGCACCUGCGGGUGGCCCAGGAGCAGCUGGACAUCGCCUUCCAGAGCUACAGCAGCACCCAGGCCAACACGCAGCCCUCUCGGACCAGCAGCCCCGCCUCGGGGGGCACCGUGGUGGAGCAGAACAGGGCCAACACCGCCCAGGAGAAACAAGGUGCUAAACCCAAGGCCUCGCUGGAGAAAGGCAGCUCCAGCAGUAAAGAUGGGAAGACGUCCGUGUGGAUAUAACUCGGUCAGGAAGGAGAGAGGGCGGCGUGAGCGGGGUUUUUAUUUUGGUUCGUUUCUGGUUUUCGGUGUUAUCUCGCGUUUGUUUGGCAGGGCGCGGUUUUUGUGUGGAAGUCAAGAGAGUAAAAGGAGUUUCGGACCAAUUCAGUGCUGUCUUCCAGUUAACAAAAGACAUUUCUUCCCUGUUUCCAACGUGUUCUCCAGCUGGGAACCUCCAGUGAGUAACAGCAAACCCACCCCACCUCCCAGCCCCUGGCUCAGCACCAGAGCCCCCAGCAGAGACUGGACAAUGUGCUGUGGUGGGAAGAGGAGCUGCUGGUGGCUCAGGAGGGAAGUCAGGCUGGCAGGGAUCAGCCACCCUCCCGCACGGCAAGGCUCGAGUGCCGCAGGCCAGGCAGUGUUUAAUUACUAAACACCCUUAAUCAAAUUAAUUCCUGAUCCUUUGGUAAGAAAACCACUGACAUGUUGCAGGGACCUUCGUGGCAGGCUCACAGCUGAUGGCCUGCCUGGGCUGGCAGAUGCCAGGGAAUGCCUCAUUGGAUGCUGUGAGCCAGAGCUGGCACCCAAGUCAGGUCUGGGGUGACUGCCUCACACAGGGAGACCUAAAACCAUCACAGGGCUGAAGGUUUCAUCUUCUCUUCCUCUGCUCCAAACCCUCCGGAGCAGCAGCGAGCAGUGACAUUGCAUCCUACUGGUGCCUGUGUAGCCUUGCUACAGAUGUGAUGGGAAUUGUUGCAGUUAACAGGGUUUUUACAAACUGCUGCUUCACAUCAUCAGAAAGUGCCUUUAUGCAACCAGGAAAACAGAAGUGUAAAGGGUUUAGGCUCCUUUACUUGCUGAAUUUUAGAUGAUCAGCGUCGGCAAAUUUGUUUUUCUGAUUAAUUGAGGAAAAGCGCUGUUGGCAAAUUUGUUUUUCUGAUUAAUCAAGCCCUUACAAAUAGUGGCAGGAGGAAGAUCUAUGCAUAGUGUGUCUCUGGGGUGUAUGUGUGUCCAUGUGUAGAUACAGACACUAUGAACACGUGUGUGUGAGCAUAGACAUAGAGAGUUAGGUGUAAAUGUAAUAUCAACCCUCUGCUCCUCCUACAGCCUUCCACCUCCCCUGAGAAAACCCAGCUGCUCCAGGGCUGGGGCUGAUCUCAUCCUGGGGCUUUUAGCCUCCAGCUCCACCUGGGGAAUUGGGAGGGUUCCCACACUUGCUGGGGGGGCUCUGCAGAAGGUCUGGCUUCAGUGGGGACAGGGCCAGGAUGAUAGAAGGAAGUGUUUCCUGAGUUUAUGUGGAUUUUUUUCAGCUGGGCUUGACUUUAGGGUGGUUUUCAUGCACUUACAGUAUUUUGGGUGCGUGUUAAAAUCAAGCUGCUGAGCUCCAAGGCUCCUGCUGUUCUUUGUCAGAGGGGGGGUUUCAUCUCCCCCACAGAGAACCCAGACAGGCAGAGCCUUCAAGAUCAAACCUAUUGCAAAAGAAGUAAAUUCUCCCUGAGCACUGCACUGUCCCCGUGCCAAGCUGUUCCCUCGGGCUAUGCCAGGAUUUCUUAUCCAUGGGAUAUUCCUGACUUUUCUCUGGACAUCACUCCCAUGUCCUUGAGGUCAGUCCCUAACGGCCCUGAGGAUGCCUGUUCCUCAAGUGUCCAGCCCUUUGGGCAUUCUUGGGAACAGGCAGGGAAUUUGGAUGUGCCCUUCAUUUCCUGGGAACUUCAGCUGAGCUGUGUGAUGCACAAAAAAAAAAAAAAAAAGUGGAAUUAAAAAGAAAGCAGAGAAACAUCCUACAAGGUAUCCAGCAGCAAAUAUUCAGCUUUGUGGCUUUGUGUAUCUGUCUGAGGAACCUUCCAGGCCUGCUCCUGGUCCUGCUGAAGGCAUUGGUAAAAUGCCUGGAAUGCUGUUUGCUCUUGCAGCUUGAGAUCUUGUCCUCACAAAGGGGUAACUGGAUCCAGGAGGAGGAUCAGCACAGCAGCAGCCAGUAGUGCCAUCCAUCCAUCCCCUUCUGCUGGGAAUUCUGCAGGAAAGGCUCAAAAGGGUCACACCACGGUGGUGUGGAGAUAAACAUAUCCAGCUGCUCUGUUUGUCCUUGUCCUGUGUGUGGGAAUGUGCUCUCUGCUGGCUGGGGAUGUGCUGGGCACUGCAGGAGAGGCUGGGUGCUCACAGGGCUGCUGAAACCUGGAAAAAAUGCCUGCAGGGCCACAGCCCAGGCUGCUGGGGAGGAGAGAGGUGAUCCUGGCUGGAAAUUUGUUCUCUGGUCGCUGCAGCUGUGCAGGGCACCAGCUUGUCCCCUACAUCAGUGGGGCUUCUCCUUCAUUCCCAGCCCUGUGUCCCAUGGGAAGCUGUGUGUAUUUAAAGCUGUGAUCCCAAGGGAGGGAUGGAAACGCUGAGGAUAACCAUGGCUGGGUUCUUCUGAUUCCUUUUCCAUGAGCAACAGUCCCACAGCCCCAGAUAAACUUGUGCUUCCCACACGAUGCUGGAAGGCACCGCCCCGUGCAGGACUUGGGAUUUUGGGUUUCUCCUGCCCCUCUCUGCCUCAGCACCAUUCAUGGCCUGAGCACUUGCUGGUGACUCAGAUCUGCCCCUCAGCUCCUGCUGACCUGCAGAUCCCCCCCUGAGUCACCACACCAGGGAUAGGAAUGUGACUCCCUCGCUCUCGCUCCAGGAAAAGAUCUUGGCCAACGCCUCACCGUGGGGAAAGCCAGGGGCAGAUUUUAAGUUAAAACCCCCCAAAACUGCUCACAGAGAUCUGAUGAACCCAUUAAACCCAGUCAGCACAGCAGGGCUGCACCUGCAAUACCCCAACAGGAGGGGAGAUUCCAGCUUCAGAGCAGCAGGGUGGGAAAAGACCAUGGAUCUUCUUGCCAGCUUGCCACCAUCAAAUGACUCCUGAAGGGUGACAUGAACCCCCUCUCUGCAGCCCCUUGGAGACAUGGAGAAGUCUCAUGCCUUUAACCUCUGCAUAUUUUGGCUGUUUGGAGACUGUUUUCACCCUCCAAUGUGCUUUAAGCUGAACACCUCCAGUCUCACCAUCCUUUCUGCAAGGGCUGAUUUUCUAGCGUGGUUUUCUCUGGUAUCUUUGGACCAACAGCAGCCACCUCACAUCUUGCCAGCAGUGUGGCAGUGCUGCUCCUCGUGCCACCUUCCCUCCCUUCUCCUCUUCCUGCACUCUGCUCCUCCCCAAAAUCCCACUGCUCCCUUUCCAGAUGUGUGGUUGUACAGUCAGAUUCUUCCUGCCCUCCUUCAAACCCCCUUUUUAUUGUCACACAGUGAGCCAGGGGGGCUCUGAGUGACCCCUGGGUCCUGCAGAGAGGGUUUGGAGCCUCUCCCCAGCUGGUGUCACCCUCACAUCUCACAUGCACAGGCUGUUUUCUGCAGGGAGAGUCAAUAACUGCAGUAUUGAUGGGUACCAGAGCCAGGGCAGACUCUUGGGGGAUCAAUAACCCCUCGCUGGGCAGGGACACGGGCUGACCACUCCCAGCCCUGCUCAUCCCUCAGGCCUGGAGUAUUUCCCUGCAUAACAUCCCUUCCCAAAGGGAGCUGAUCCUGCUUUCCCAUGUUUUCCAAGAGUUUUGCCAGGGACUCAAGCACAGGGUGUGUUCCCAGCUGGGUGCCUGGGUGGGAUGCAGAGUUGCCUGUGAGGUCCCAGCCAGCCUGGAGGACAUUGCUGAUUCUCUGAGCCUGGGGAGGAGGGAUUCCAGCUCUCCCAGAUCCCAUCUGGGCCACACACAGGAGCCAGCAUGGAUCAGGCAGCCCUAGGAAGAGAAAGAUUAUUACUAUUAUUAUUACUAUUAUUUCUAUAUAUACUGGUUUGCUUGUUUUCCCCCUUCCUCCUCCACUCUGUGACCUAGAAACCCUUUAGGAUGUUGGGUUUCUCCACUGAGUCACUGCCACAGAGGUGACCAAAUGCAAUGAUGACUCUGCAGAAAUGACUCCUUUCCGGGCAGGAGCAGCAAUCCCUUCUUUCAUCCUGUCAGUGGGGGCAGGAAAAGGAUAGAGCAGCAAAAUAUUCACAGCCACAAGCAAAAUCCCCACCACAACAGUUCCUAACUCAACCAGCAGCUCGAGGAAAUUUGUUUAGAGGGUGGAGCAUCAGCCACAGAAGAAAUGCCAAUGGUAUAAUUAAUGCUUUGCUUUUAUUUUUGCCUUUUCUCCAGGUAGCAGUUUUGUCCACACGCAAGGCAGGUUUAGCUUCGUGGCUGAACUAAUCACAAAUGUUGACUCUCUUGCUAAACUUGCUCAGAUAAAGUGCCCACACUUAUAUUUCUCUCCUUACCAUUCAGGGCCAGGAAUGUCCCACAAAAGCCAGAUUACCUUCUUGCUUGCAUAGCAUUCCACUGGGAAAUACUUGAACUAAACUCAAGGCCAUAACCAGUUUGUGCUGUUACAAAGUGUCUGGGAUUGGUGGGUUUUUUUCUUUUUUCUUUUUUUUUUUUUGUUGUUAUUUUUUUUUAAUGUACUAACUGUAUUUGUACUAGAAAUUUUUGGAGUAUGAGGUCGAAUCUGUAAGUAUUUUUCAGUGUAAAUGUUACAUCUGGGCUGUAGUUAGAAUAUGAAACACUGGUCAAAAGGGACAUCAGUCCAACUCAACUGUGGCUAUUCCACAUCCAUUACUAAUAACAUGGAAUAAAACUUACAUUUUGUUACA